AGCUCUGUGCUGGGGGCACCAGGCACUGACACUUGGCUCUUGUUGGGAGAACAGAGAGAGUCUCUCUUGUCCACGGCCUGUGCUCGGCUCCAACUGCUGCCUCCCUUGGAGAUCUCUGCCCAGGCUGGAAAGGGUAAGAGCUGCUGAGGCCGUAUCUGAAGUUGAAGGUGGACAAGAGGGCAGCCCUGCCUGGAGGCCAAUCUCCUUUGUGCCUGGUCUUCCCUGUACCCCCAGAGCCUACCUCAUCACAGCUACAGAAUGGCCUCCAGUCCAGCUGGAGUUCCUAGCCCACAGCCCUCUAGGGCCAAUGGGAGCAUCAACCUGGGGCCAUCAGCUAACCCAAAUGCCCGACCCACAGACUUCGACUUCCUCAAAGUCAUUGGCAAAGGGAACUAUGGGAAGGUCCUACUGGCCAAGCGCAAGUCCGACGGAGCCUUCUAUGCAGUGAAGGUGCUGCAGAAGAAGUCCAUCUUAAAGAGCAAAGAGAACCACAUCAUGGCAGAGCGCAAUGUACUGCUAAAGAACGUGAGGCACCCCUUCCUUGUGGGCCUGCGCUACUCCUUCCAGACCCCAGAGAAGCUCUACUUUGUGCUUGACUAUGUCAACGGAGGAGAGCUCUUCUUCCACCUGCAGCGGGAGCGCAGGUUCCUGGAGCCCCGGGCUCGGUUCUACACUGCAGAGGUGGCCAGUGCCAUUGGCUACCUACACUCUCUCAACAUCAUUUACAGAGACUUGAAGCCAGAAAACAUUCUCUUGGACUGCCAGGGACACGUGGUACUGACGGAUUUUGGCCUUUGCAAGGAAUGUGUGGAGCCUGAGGAGACCACAUCCACCUUCUGCGGCACCCCCGAGUACCUGGCCCCUGAAGUGCUUCGUAAAGAGCCUUACGAUCGAGCGGUGGACUGGUGGUGCUUAGGGGCAGUCCUCUACGAGAUGCUGCAUGGCCUGCCCCCCUUUUUCAACAGUGACGUGGCCCAGAUGUAUGAGAACAUUUUACAUCAACCACUACAGAUCCCUGGAGGCCGGACAGUGGCCGCCUGUGACCUCCUGCAAGGCCUUCUCCACAAGGACCAGAGGCAGCGGCUGGGCUCCAAGGCAGACUUUCUCGACAUAAAGGACCAUGUGUUCUUCAGUUCCAUAAACUGGGAUGACCUGUACCACAAGAGGCUAACUCCACCCUUCAACCCAAAUGUGGAAGGACCUGCUGACUUGAAACACUUUGACCCAGAGUUCACCCAGGAAGUUGUGUCCACGUCCAUUGGCUGCACCCCUGACACCAUGGCCAGCAGUUCUGGGGCCUCAAGUGCAUUCCUCGGAUUUUCCUAUGCACAGGAAGAUGAUGACAUCUUGGACUCAUAAGAGACAAGCAUUUGCAAAGCCACCAAGACCAGCUGGCAACUGCAGGGACUGCCUUCUGCUGCCAGCAAGACACAUGAAAUUGAUGACUCAAAGAAGAGGGAGGUGCUUUCCAUCGUAUGAAAAACCAGUGCUGGGCUCAGGCUGGCAGGGAUGGGUCACUGGGUACCCAGGUGUCUGUAGUUCCGAUUCACCCUUCUUGAGAAAUGACUUCUGGGUUUGGUUUUUGUUGUUGUUGUUGUUGCUAUGACAAAAUAUCCAAGAAAAGUAACGUAAAGAGGAUCUACUUGGGCUCACCAUGUCAGAGGUUUCCAUCCAUAGCUGGCUGGCUCCAUUACUGUGGUCUUUAGCCAGAGCUGAGUCAUCUUGGUGGAAGGAGUGGUACAGAAAGGCUGCUUACCUUAUUCCUACCAGGAAGUGGAAAUAGAAGACUGGGCCAGAAAUAAGAUUUACCUUCAGAGUUAUGUCCCAAGUGACCAACACCCUCCAAGUGGGGCCACCUUUUUAGUUAUCAUCGCCUCUACAUGCCAUACAAUUACGAAUCCAUGAAUGGAUUAAAUCAUGUACCCUAUCAGCUGAACAUGGGAACCUUCAGAAAACACUUCCGAUCCAAACUAUAAUAGCUUUGAAUAGUGGGGUUACAUGACCACAAAAUAGUUACUGGUACCAUAGCCACCCUUGUGUUCUAAGCAAGAUAAAAGGAGGAACGGGACAGGAGUGGGUUGCAAAAGGCCACCAUUAAAGAGUUUCCCAGAAGCACAGUCCAGUGGCUUCCUUUAGCACAUCAUAAAUCCCCAGCCCUACUUAGGGGAGCCAGGGCACAAGCUACCUCUCAUAGCAAGGGAGUUCAAACACUGAGGAAAGAGGAAAAUGUUGCAUAGGCAACCUGCACGCUGGGAAAGGAUGUCCUGGUACCUGAAUUUUUAUUUUAAUGUGUAAAAUGAUGAGAUGUAGUGUAUUGCCUUCAGUUUCACAUUUCUCUGUGUGGACAGUGUCUUUGUUUUGGGUGGUAUUAGAUGAACUAGCUAUUUGUUACUAGGUACAGUUGCCUCAACACCUUUCAAUAUUCAAGGAAUUCUCUACUUUUGAUGCUCGAUGGAGGGUGGUGGCUACCUCCAUUUAGAAUAGCACAAAAAAAAGAAAAAAAGAAAAAAGCCAGAUUCUGACUUCCUCAUCUGCUAUGGGAUGUCUUUCUGUAAGCUGUGAAUAUGUGUGGCUCCCAUUGGAUAAUAAAUAAAGCUGUAUUGGCCUAUGACAAAAAAGCUUACAGCCAGGCAGGAAAUCCAAGCAGACAUACAGAGAGAAGGGCAGAGUUGGAGGAGACACUAGCUGCUGCCCAAGGAGCAACAAGUUGCCAGCAGACUGGUAAUGCCAUGGUCACAAGGCAACAUAUAGAUUAAUAGGUGUGGGUUAAUUUAAGGUGAAAGAGUUAGCUAGCCAGAAGCUGAAGCCAUAGGUCAUGCAGUUUGUAAUUAAUAUAAGCCUCAGAGUGAUUAUUUUAUCAGUGUCUGCAGGACCACAGGGCCUGGUGGGAUUGGAGAAACUUCUAGUUAAAAUUGGCGCCCAAUGUGGGGCAUGAACCCAUGACCCUGAGAUUAAGAGUCUCAUGCUCUACCAACUGAGCUAGCUGGGCUAUGGCAUCCUGGGGACUCCUUGUGGCCAGUGCCUCCUUCAUGUCAUUCCAGGGGCUGCACUGGGGACUGCAGAUGCUGCCCACCCUGGAAUCUGCUCAGGACAGCUGGAUGUGUCAGAAUGUUUUUGUUUCGCUGAUGCACAGCCUACUCUCUAGAGCAGGGGUGCUGGUCGGGCUGUGGCUUUAUCAUCAGAUGGUCACCGACUCAAUUUAUGGCCACACAUCAUGGGCAGUGGUCCUAGCAGUGUCAGUGGGUUAUUUCCUGGUGGAUGGAGUUGAUAUGCUGUGGAAUCAGACCUUGGCCCAGGCCUGGGACCUUCUCUGUCACCACUCAUUCUCCUCUGAGCUCAAGCAAGGCGUAUGGUCCAGAGAUGCAUCUGUGCCAACCUGGGCCCAAGGACAGGACUAGGAACUCUCUUUUGAGUUCCUUCUGUAAAAGAGGUGAUAGUGAAGAUUGUAGCAUCCAGUCCUCAGCAUACCAGGGCUGUGGCUCUGCUCCUGGAAGCCUCGAGGUUUUCUUUGAAGAUUUCAAAAUCUUUUCACACACUCUUUGUUUACUUAGUUGUCCAAAGUCAGCCUUGGAACACUUCUCUUGGACAAGUUGUGGAACAGAUGUUCAUGUCUGUUAGCAUUUUCAUCCAGAUGAUCCUAUGGUAGUAAUUACUUCCCCUUCCUUUGUCAAUCAAGAGACAAGGUAAGAGAGACUUCUUGCUUGAAGGCCACACCACUAAAACAGGCUGAGAUGUGGAAGUAUUUGACCGAGGGCUCUACUCUGUAACCUUUGGACAGGUCUGCUCCUCCUUCAGGCUGUUAGGGCCAAGAAAAGACUCAGCAUCUCUCAUGAGAGAUGGGCACAGUGCACAUGCCCUUAAUACCAGGGAGGCAGAGAUGGGUGGAUCUGUGAGUUCUAGGACAUCCUGGUCUACAUAGUGAGUUCCAGGUAGUCGGGGAGAUACAGCGAGACUAUAUCUUAGAAGAAAAAAAAAACCUCUUAGAUCAAGGCAAGAAUUGGCUGGAACAAGCCAGAGUGAUAAAGAGGGGUCUUAGAGAGACCCUCACUUCUGGUCUGGGUCUGAUUAUCAAGUUCAUGUGUUUUACCUCAAGUACAGAGCUGAAGCCUUCAAAAGAGGUCAAUCCCCUGGCUAGCUACUAAACUCCAGGUGUUCAAGAUUCAUCAUUUCAAAAGGUAAUUCUGGCUGGCGAGAAUAUGAGCAUGUCAUGUAUGUUCAGGUAUGCCCAUGUGGGGUAGGUCAUUCUGUUUUAUUUGAGUUUCUUCUUCACAAACCUGUAUCACAAAGUUCAGGGUGGCCUCAUUAGCUUGCUGGUUUGGGGACAAUGGGAGGACUUCCUAAGAAUCAGUGUAUGCUGGCGAUUUCUAUUGCCUUUCCCUCUAUACUUUGUCCCACUCCUUUCCUCUCAGGUUUGUUCCCUCUGUCCCCUGCCCUAGGAAUUAAGUGGUGAGGCAAGGCUGGGACUCGAAUCAUGAAAACAAAACACCGGUAACAUUGAUCUAUUGGAGAUCAAAGCUGAGUCAAGAAUUACUAUUAAAACUUGGUAUGGAAAGCUGAUUUCCAUCUUACCUAGUGCAGAUUAACUGCUAGAGGUGGGACACAAGGAGAGAAUAAGUACUCCCACUUUGGGAGUGUAACUCAGAAAUCUGAACAUGCUGUCAAGUCCACAGUCAGCUGGUUCUGUUCUAAGAUUGUAAAAAUCACAGAAUAUUUCACCAGGAUAGGAAAUAAAACUGAAGAACAACUACACUAUUAAACUGAUUGUGUUAUAUCUAUGUUUAUUGAAAUAUCCAAGGUUUAAAACAUAUAUCUCUAUAUGUGUGUGCAUGUGCAUAAACAUGCCACAGGGUACAUGUAGAGGUCAGAGGACAACUUACAGAAAUCAGUUCUCUACUUCCAUUAUGUGGGACUCAAGGAUUUAACUCAGCUUCUCAGGUUGAAGAGCAAGUGCCUUUUAACCAGCUGAGCCAUCUCAUUGGGCCCACCCCAAGUUUUAUAAGCGUCAUCUAUAAUCCU